AUGCCACCCACGACUGCAGGCAGAACAAUCGACAAAGAGACUAUCCUUUCGGUAGACCCUUACCUCGUUGACAACGUUACGGCCAUCCAGCAGCGCUACGAAAGAUUCGUAAAGUGGAAGGACACUAUUGACGAAUACGAGGGAGGGUAUGAUCAGUUCACCAAGGGAUACCUGAAGUUUGGGUUCAAUGUCGCUGAGGAUGGCACGGUUACGUACCGCGAAUGGGCACCGGACGCCAUCGAGGCGGUCCUCAUCGGUGACUUCAAUGAUUGGAAUAGGCUGUCGCACAAGAUGACCAAAGACCAGUAUGGUGUCUGGGAGAUUAUCGUUCCUCCUAAGGCUCCUGGAGUCUGUGCUAUCCCGCACGACUCAAAAGUGAAGAUAUCGAUGAUUGCUUCUGACCACCGCAGAAUUGAACGGAUUCCUGCUUGGAUCAAGCGCGUAACCCAGGAUCUGGCAAUCUCGCCUGUCUACGAGUCCCACUUCUGGAACCCUCCAGCACACGAGCGUUACACCUUCAAACAUCCUCGUCCCCCUGCUCCCAAGGCGGCUCGUAUUUACGAAGCUCACGUUGGCAUCUCCACAAGCGAGCUGCGAGUUGGCACCUACAAGGAGUUCACCGGACAUAUGCUCAAACGCAUUAAGGAUUUGGGAUAUAACACCAUUCAACUCAUGGCUGUCAUGGAGCAUGCGUACUAUGCAUCGUUCGGCUACCAGGUUACUAGUUUCUUCGCAGCCAGCUCCAGGUACGGCACUCCAGAGGAGCUCAAAGAACUCGUGGACACUGCGCAUGGUAUGGGCCUCACGGUUUUACUCGAUAUCGUGCAUUCGCACGCGUCCAAGAAUGUCCUGGAUGGCCUGAACCUCUUUGACGGUUCAGACCACCAGUAUUUCCACGAGGGUGCUAGGGGUCGGCACGAGCUCUGGGACUCUCGUUUGUUCAAUUAUGGCCAUCACGAAGUACUCCGCUUCCUCCUCAGCAACCUCCGAUUCUGGAUGGAAGAGUACCACUUCGACGGCUUCAGGUUCGAUGGCGUCACGAGCAUGAUGUAUCUCCAUCACGGUAUGGGUGUCGGGUUCAGCGGAGGCUACCAUGAAUACUUUGGCCCUGAUGUGGACGUGGAGGCGGUGGUGUAUCUCAUGCUGGCCAACGACGCGAUUCAUAGCCUCUUUCCAGAGGCUAUCACCAUCGCAGAAGAUGUGUCAGGAAUGCCACUGCUUUGCAUCGGAGUUUCAAGAGGUGGCGUUGGAUUCGAUUACCGCUUGAGCAUGGCUAUACCGGACAUGUGGAUCAAGUUACUCAAGCACAAGCAGGACGAUGAAUGGAAUAUAGGCAGCAUCGUUCACACCUUGACGAACAGACGUCACGGGGAGAAGAGUAUCGCCUAUGCGGAGAGCCAUGAUCAGGCCUUGGUAGGAGACAAGACCCUCGCCUUCUGGUUGAUGGACAAAGAGAUGUAUACCAACAUGUCCGACUUGACUGAGAUGACACCGGUCAUUGCGAGAGGUCUCGCCCUACACAAGAUGAUCCGUCUCCUUGUGCACUCGCUUGGAGGAGAGGGUUACCUCAAUUUUGAAGGCAACGAAUUUGGUCAUCCGGAGUGGCUUGACUUUCCUCGUGAAGGGAACGGAAACUCUUUCCAUUAUGCAAGGCGCCAAUGGAAUGUCGUGGACGACCAACUCUUGCGCUAUAGGUAUCUCAACAAUUUCGACGCUGCUAUGAAUCAUCUCGAGGAGCAAUAUGGCUGGCUCAGCGCGCCACAGGCGUACGUGUCCCUCAAGCACGAGGGGGAUAAGAUGAUCGUGUUUGAACGUGCUGGUCUCCUCUUCGUCUUCAACUUCCAUCCUACCAACUCCUUCACGGACUACAGAGUCGGCGUCGAAGAAGCUGGCGAAUAUCGCGUUGUUCUUUCUUCUGACGAUAAGAAAUUCGGAGGAUGGGAGAACAUUGAUACUAAGCUCACGCAUGUCACGAGUCCUCUGAGCUGGAACGGCAGGAAGAACUAUCUUCAGGUUUACUCGCCAAGCCGAACUGCUAUGAUUCUGGCAAAAUCCUAAUGGUUUUACAAUCAAUGAUGGAUACGCGAAACGGGAUUAUUCACACAUGUAUAGUAUGCUCAGCGAUGCGGCGGAUACAUAAUCUCU